AACCCGAAGCCUAGAUACCAGUCUGGUGAGAGAGUACGUUAUGAAUGCCUCAAACCUUAUGACCUUUUUGGGGACGUAGAAGUGACAUGUUUAAAUGGAACUUGGACAAAACCACCUCAGUGCAAAGACUCUCAAGGAAAAUGUGGGCCUCCUCCACCUAUAGACAACGGAGACAUUACCUCGUUCCCGUUGCCAGUGUACCCUCCGGGCUCGACCGUUGAGUACCAAUGCCAAUCCUACUAUGAACUGGACGGAAACAGGACUGUAAUAUGUAGGAAUGGAGAGUGGUCAGAACCUCCCAAAUGCUUAGAGACAUGUGUAAUUUCAGAAGAAAUCAUGGGAAAACAUAACAUAGAGUUAAGAUGGAGAUAUGCUAAAAAAAUUUAUUCUAAAACCAACGACAUUAUUGAAUUUCGAUGUAAACGUGGGUACCGGGAAAGGUCACCUGCCCAUACUUUUCGAGCAACCUGUCGGGAAGGACGAGUGGCGUAUCCUACUUGUGGGUGAAACAACGGUUAAAAUGCAGCCGUAAAACUGAAAUACGCAGAUGUAUUCAGAACUGUUCAUUGUCAAUCCAGUUCUUCUGAGUUUGUUUUAUGGAGUAUCAUUUAACUCCUUUUAUUCAUAAAUCAGAAUUUGUGUUAACUAUUAUGUGGAUGAUGCAGUUACAAUCUGGGAGACCAAUAAAUCUCACUUCGUAAAAGCACCUCAUUAAAACCUGGCAAAUAAAACUGCUGUGUGUCCUAUUCAU